AUGCACGAGUGCAUCCAAUUCUUGAAAAAGAAAGAACAAGUUGCUCGAAAGUGCUAUUCCGAACCCUUCGGAGAACUCCUUACAGAUGAGUUUGUGACAAUGAUGUUAGUGGAUGGUUGUUUCAUUCUUGAAUUGCUUUAUAAGUAUAAAGAGCAGCGGCAACAACCUCCCAGCAACACCACCAACGAGGACCAGGACCCAAUAUUCAAGGAAAAUUGGAAGUUCCCACAAAUAUUAAGCCACAUUUUAUUACUUGAAAACCAACUUCCCUUUUUUAUCCUCAAGUCACUAUUUGAAAAAACCAUUGGCCUCAUGUCAUCAAAAGAUUCAGAACCAACGUCCCUCGAGAAACUUGCAUACAACAUCUUUAAUAUCAUAUUUCCAACAGACAAUAAGAUCCCAGUUACUGAUAAGGCCCCUAUAUUACAUCUUCUCCAUCUAUUUCGCCAAUUUAUAUGUUGUCCAUCGGAAUUGAAAUUGAAAAACAAACAUGACAUUCGAGUGCCCACGUUAAAUUAUUGUGUGACAGAACUCAAAGAAGCUCGAGUCAAGUUCAAGAAGAAGAAUGCUGCUAGCUUCUUAGAUUGUUAUCAUAAUUGUACUCGUCGGAUCACAUCUUAUCCCUUCUUAAUGGAUAGCCUCAUCAACACUCCCGAGGAUGUCCAGUAUCUCAAUAAGAAAGGAAUAAUCACGAAUGUCAUGGGCAACCAUGAAGAAGCAUCAGAUAUGUUCAACAAUCUUCGGAAAGGUGCUUUCAUCUAUAACUUCUACUAUACUGAGCACUGCCUCUCCAUUAAUAAGCAUUCUGAAAAUCGUUGGAAGGUAUGGAGAGCAAUUUUCCAGCGUAGGCAUUUUCAGAAUCCAUUCACGGUUGUCUCACUUAUUGCUGCAGCAUUACUUCUUUUUCUCACCCUUAUACAGACCUUGUUUGCUGUGCUUUCUUUCUUUUUCCAUCAUUCUUGA